AUGUACUUCUCCAACACGCUCCUCGCACUCGCCCCCCUCUUCCUCACCUUCAGCAGCUCAAACGCCGCACCCAGCAGCUCUAACAAUACCAUUGGCAACCAUAUCCCCAACCCCAACUACGACCCCCAACUCCCCCUCUCCCAGACCCCCCUCCAAAAAGACUCUUCCCUCAACAUCUACAUCAGACCCUCCUCAUCCACCCCAAUCAACAAUGCCGCCCUCUACAGCGCCCUCAUCGAGCUCACGCAAGCCCUCACACAAGCCCUGCAGGACCAGCCCAACGCGCCCUACCACCCAGGCGAAGGGCUCUCACUCUCGGGCACCUUCGUGCAGAGUCCCACCGACCCCGUCGACAUCGGCGCCGACGUGCACUUCGGCCAGACGUGGGCCCAGUACAACAAUACGAACGGGCAACCAUUCACGUGGAGCGGCAUGCUGGACAUUACGAAGACUUUGGCGGAUUUCGUGACGGACCCGGCGAAUGCGCCCUCGGGCUCGUACUAUGAGAGUCAGAUUAAAAUUGGGAGGGGUGGUGAUACGACGCUGGCGGGCUGGGAUCGUGUGGAUGUUGUUGGUGGCGGGUGCUUUAGUCCGAAGAGGGGCGGGUGCAGUACCGCUACUUAG